AUGGCCGAACUCACCACUUUGCCGCUUUGCAACGAAUCCCUGAAUCUCUUCGUUCGACUUGUCCGGCUUUUGGGGAACUCAGAGGCCCUUUCCCCACUUGUGUCCAAGGAUCGUGGUACUACGGCGAUAGGCCCUGCCAUCCGGGACGAGUGUGGACGAUUCAGAGUUUGGGCCGAGAAUGUUGGAGCCCACAGAAGAAAUCAUCGCCUAUCGCUCGAUCACCGUCUCAGGGAAGCAACACGUGUGAAGAAACUGGUGAUCGAACUAUUGAAGGACUUGAUCACUGCACUUCAAGAUGCGGGUGACAUCAUAUCCGGCAAUUAUCAUGAUUCCUACCUACCUAAGUCCGAUGCCAUAUCUUGGUAUUCCUUGGAGGCCACAGAACUCGAGGAAGAACAGACGCUCCUGCGGACUCCAUUUGAAGAAUGUUUAACCGAAAUAUCCCAUGUCAUCACUUGUCUGUACAAGUUCUCGAUUACCACCCAAAAUCCAACGCCUCGUGAUAGGUUCGAAAAGUGUGCCGCUAUCGACAUGUCCCACUUCAAACACUUCGACAUUUCUCAUAUCAUGGAAAAGUUUCCAGAGAUUGAAGGGAAAGAUUACUUGAUCCAGCGCCUUGGGAAGGCCAAUACCAAGCGGCGACAACUGCUUCGCUACCACAAAAAGCAUCAUGAGAAAAUUGUCGGCCAUUGGCAUACGACGAACGAAGCCGACCUCUUUGAAAAGACGACCUACAAAGCCGAUCCCCUCCGUUUUGAGAGUGCAUCUAUAGUUCAGCCUAGUACUGAGUUUACCCAGACCGCCACUACAGUAUCAACCUUCGCACAGCCGACCAUACAGGAGUAUCACGAACCUAGCCCAAUUGAAUUUGAAGGAACUCCCUCCGAGGGUGGGCUUUCGCAGACUACUUACACAUCUUCUUCUUCUUCUUCCGGAGGAUCGGCAAGACAACUUCGUGUCCCUGAUCCUCCCAAGGACGAUCCAUUCGACGGCGUGCCUUUCCAAUGCCCAUACUGUUUCACCUUGAUCUCACUCACCAACCAGAUGUCAUGGAUGAGACAUGUCUACAGGGACUUGCGACCAUAUAUUUGCACCUUCGAGUUCUGCGUCCGAUCCGAAUACCUAUUUGCCAGCCGCCAGGAAUGGUUUGAACACGAGCGAGCCUUUCAUAGACGGGAGUGGAACUGCAAUGCUUGCAAAGAGUCAUCUACUUCGAAAGAAAUGUUCCGCCAGCAUCUACAAACACGGCAUCCAGACGAAGUACAGACCGAAGUGUUUGUCCAACGUGCCGAAGAAGCGAUCGAAGCUGUACAAGAGUGCCCUCUGUGCAAGAAGACAUACUUCCCACGCCGACUCCAGAGUCACCUCGGACAUCACAUGCAACAGAUAGCCUUGUUCAUACUUCCCGGAGCCUCCAGCGACGAUAAUGAGAAA